UCAUGACGCGAAAUAGUCAGUUAUUAUUUAAAUCAUAUUAUGCAAUAAUUCUGCCAGUUUGUUGUUGUUGUUGUUGUUGUUGUUGUUAAUCCUUUAUUCACGUGUCAACAGAGAUCAAUUCAUUACAAAUUGGUUUACACACCAUGACACAAGUAGCAUAUAUUUUUUAUAAGCAUCUAAAACUAAUCUAAUUAAUUAAGUAGGGCAACUAAAUAAUUCAUGAAAAUCAUAUAUAUAUCAUUCAUUUGUCCUUUGAUUAAUUAUAAAGUCGCGACAUAAAAUAACAAAUUGGGUGUAAGAUACAUUAAAAUCCCAUGAUCGUGGCAGCGUAUUCCAUAAUUUCCAUAAGUUUUGCACUCAUUACUUGUUACUUCAGGAGAAAUUCAACUAAUCCCUCCUGAUUUGCAAGUACAAGUGGAUAAUUUAAUUCAAGAAGCUCUUACGGUCGAGAAUAUUCCAGCUUUAGGAUUGUCAAUUGUUAAAAAUAACGGAGAAAUUUGGUAUACGAGAGGUUACGGUUUUCUAAAUUUGGAAAGUCAAAUUGAAGCAAACAAUCAAACAAUUUUUGCAUUAGGGUCAAUUUCCAAGGUGAGAAUACUGUAUUGCUAAAUGGUGAAACCCUGUUAUGGGAAUGCUCUGUCUGUCUGUUCAUCCGUCCGUAUUCACGACAACUUUCUCCAAAUUUUAAUUUGCCGAAUAGCGUUUCAAAAAUGCUGAUUUUUGUUAACUUACAAUUGUUCUAUACGAGAAUUUCAAAAGUCACCAUAAUUUCAACGUACGAUGACCCUGUGAAGGUGUAGCGAGUUCAAAGAUAGAAAGUAUCGAAAGUCUAGUUUUUACAGUUUAGACGUUAAGCGUACAUAACAGCCAGAUAUCCCAUUGGGUUUCACCCUUUUGCUACAUUUCGUUUGCAACCUACAUAUAUAAAAAAAUAUAUUACAAAAAUUUCCCACUUAUAUAUUUCCUUUUCUUGUCUCUUGUAAAUUUUAGAGCUUUACUGCUUCUAUUGUUGUAUCAACACUGAACAAAUUAUUUCCCAGUUAUGGUGAACGAGCACUGGACACACCAAUCCGUCAACUGGCACCGAAUUAUAAUUUUACCGUUGGAGAUAGGUUCCGAUCUGAGAGUAUAACAUUCCGUGAUAUUUUAUCCCACCGGACGUGCAUGGCACCAGAAGUAUUGGGAGGAAUUACUAACCCAUAUAAUGGCAGCAAAGAUUUCUUAUUUCGCCAAAGGUAUGCCCCAGAACAAUGUGGGUUCCGAACAAAUUACGUGUACAACGGUAUAAUCCACAUGGCCGCCGAUAUCAUUGCAGACAUGUCAAACUCAACAGUUGAAGAGAUGCUAUCCAACUUUUUAAAUCAAUUGGGUAUGACUGACACCACCUGGAUUAAGGACACGGAUGACCAUAACUCUAUGCCCGAUCGAUCAGUGCCAUAUUACAAAAGUGAUGGAUUUCUGCGUCGAUUUAAUCCAGAACUCCUCAAAGUUGUCAAAAUUGGAAUUGGAGCUGGUGGUUUGCUAAGUUCCGCAAGGGAUAUGGCGAGGUACAUGCAAUUUCAUCUAAAUCGUGGAACACUUGAUGGAGUUGAGCUUGUCCCAGCGGAAGGCAUGGAUUGGCUCUACAAGCCUUCAAACUUAAUGUUUGCUGACGCCAUUUAUGACGCCAAUGACAUAGAGAACAGAUAUGCCUCCGGGUUGGGAUUACAUCUAGGAUUAUUUAACGGUUUUGCAACGGUCACCCACGGUGGAUUUUUACCUCCAUACGACAGCCUGAUCACAAUGACCCCUGGAUUAAAUUUUGGAAUUUUUACUGCUGCUAGUGGACCGGGAAAAUUAACCGAAUUUACCAGGAGUCGCUUACACACGAGAAUUUAUGAUAUCAUUCAGGGAACUUCACAUGGUGAAACCAAAAACAUUCAGAACCCAUCAAAAACUGUCCAUAUCAAACCAGCUAUGAGAUACAGUUCGAGCAUAAUGGUUGAUCCUAAUGAUAUUGUUGGCAAAUAUGGAAGCGGAUUGUCAGGCGACUUAGAAAUCAGUCUUGAGAGAAAUCCAAGUGGAGCUUUACAACCCUACUUGAAAUAUGGUGUGUGGGGUCACGGCUGGUUGAAUCAGAUUUCCAAUAAUUCGGACCUUUUUGAAAUCGUCUGGGACUCUGAAAUUACGCAAGUAUUUUCCACCAGGAAUGGAGCUGAGUUUGGAAUGAUGAUGCAGUUCCAAAAUCUGAAUACGACUGAAUUUGUACAAGAUGGCAUUUCAUUGGGUAGCUUCACUAGGAAUCUUACAAUCGAUCAAUUGCCGGUAAUACCUUGGAAGCCAGAUACUUGCGGUCCUGAACUUCUUGGUUAAGUGGGGUAGAAAUUUUUUUGUUAUUCAUAUAUUUAUAACUCUUUUGGGCUUGCUCACAUCUAAUUCUAAUUUGUUGAUAAAUAUUUUCCCCGAAAAAUCUUGAUUCCUUUUCUUCAUGGAAAAUGUAACUAUCUAAAUUAUAAAAUAAAAAUAAAAAACAUUUUUUUAAUUUGGUCCAAUUACUUAAA